UAUAACUUUAAAAUUUCAAAUCCUUUUAUUUUUUUUUAUUUUAUUUUUUUUAUUUUUUUUUUAUUAAGCUGUUUGUAUAAAGUACAAAAUAUCCCAAGCAGUGAAUGCUACGACCAUCAAAGAUAUUUGUAUCUUUUCACCAGCUUCGACAUUUUUUGCAAACAAAAAUAUCGGAGCUGGUUACAAUAUCAAAUCAUCCAUCAUCAUCGCAGCAGAUAACAGAUCUUUUUCCUACUAUCUCGCAGCAAGCAGUUUAUGGGUUUUCAAAUAUUCAUCGUACAUUAUUGCAGCAAAACAAUUUUCAGGCAACAGUUCAAUGGAGUAUGUCUGCAAAUGAGAAAACACUCCUUAAGCUGAUUCAGCAUCGAUUUCCUAUCGUUAAAGUGUUUUCUUCCCCUACACUUCAUCGACGCAUAGGGGUUACAUCCUCUAUUGGACGACAACAACAACAAUUUCGUACAAUGAUGAUGUCCUCCUCUUCUUCUGCUCCUGGAAGUGUCCCUACCACUCUAUUUACAACUUGGGGAUUUUCUCGUACUACUAACAUAGGUCGUACUCCAGCGUUUGCUCGACAAUUUUCAACUACUAAACACCCAUAUGCAAACCUAUUUCAAAACACAGCCAAUCCGAUGGCAAAUGGGCAAAGCAAUCCAAUUUUUACUCGUAUCUUUUCAUCUGCUGGUAAUAAAAUGAAUCAGCAGUCAGAUUUAAAUGAGAAACAGCAAACGCAAUCGUUUAAAACAUCUUCUCUAUUCUAUUCCUUAUCGAAUUCAUCUAUUGAUGAAGAAAGUAGCGAUAGCGCAUAUAUACAGUCUUAUUAUAAUCGUAUUUUUGCUUCUACUCAGGUUGAGGAGUGUAUGAUUAAGCAAGAAGAAGAUGAAAAUAUGAAGGCAAAUAAUAAUAAUACCUCUAAUUUAUUGAUUCAACAAAAUCAGCCCGUUUCUUGUUCAACCGAAAAGACUCAUUACUGUCAUAUGAACAAUCAGCCAUUAUUGGAAUCUAUUCUUCAUCAUGAUGACCUAUCUUCAUUACAUAAUAACGAUAUAACAAAUAAUAAGCUAUAUAUUACUGACACUAAACAUAGUGUUAAACCUAAUCCGCAUCAUGUGGAAAAAAUGAAUGAUCAGCUACUACCACUGACAGCGUCCAUAAAAAAUAAAGAAGUUCAACAUGAUAAAUCAACAUCUGUCUAUAUCCUAAUCACCUUGGACACUUUACAAUUCUUGAAUAACAAUCAUCAUGAUUGGUCAACACAAAGCUUAACUAGCUCAUUCAUUGAUGGGAUAGAAGCGAUGGCAUAUGAAUAUCAAAUUCAUAUCAACUAUGUAUUGAAAUUACUUGACAACUUGCAAAGACACGGUAAAUUUCGAGUCGUUGCUCGUCAAGGUGAAUUACGUAUCUAUUUUCCAGUGCCGUCACCUAGAUCUAAAGAAAAGGCCUUUCAGUUCUUAUAUUCUUACAAUAUGAUUGACCCAAUCUAUGAGAAACGAAAAUACUUUUCAAUUAUUGUAGAAGAUCAUGAAUCUCCUUCUCUGCAAGACUUUAAAGAUCAUUUUUAUGUAGAAGAUCUUUCGUCUAUUACAGUUGGUCCUGAUUAUUUUAAAGAUUUACAAUUGUUUCUUGAUCAUACUGAUUAUCUUAUUGAAACAAGUUCCAAUUUUGCUUCAAAUCAUCAUUCUGUCAUAUGAAAUAACAGGAUUACCUUUCCUCCCUCCUUUUCUUUUUUUUUUAAUAGCAAAUACUUUAUUUAAAUUAUACAAUAUUACAUAUUUUCCGUUUUAUUAUUAAAUAAAUUUAUAACAAGUAUAAUAUCAUGAGAAAAAGAUAUGAAUAAA